AUGCAGAUAGCUCCCAUAUGUUUCCUGCACCUUGCAAUACACAGUUGCCUGGCUGAGCUGGAUCACUCGGUCGGCAGGGUUAUCGCAUUGACAAGUAUAGGCAAGCAUGAAAGUAUCAAGGUCACGAGGCCAUUGCAACAUGAGAUAUCGCCAAUCAUCAACUUCCAAGUCGAUGACAUACUACCCGGUCAAUAUGCAGGGCAAGCUGUCACUUUGAAUCAGGACCUGUAUUUUGUACUCGUACAUGGCGAUCGAGUAAUUUCACCGCCUCGAAAUCAAUGGCUGUUUGCUCUCAUCAAGGCUGAAGGCCAAAGACCUAAAUCCCUCGCCGGCCUACAGCCGUUGUGUAAUGAGCCACGUCGGGAAUGCCAGCCCAUGUUACGCACCUAG